AAAAAAAUAAAACAACAUAAUAUUAUUAACCAAAAAACGCCAGCCAAAGUGCCAGUUAAGUUAAAAUUAUACACUAAAAGUAAACCGAAAAGAGAGAGCUGCCAGCCAAAAGCGGAAAAUCAAUAAAAGGUCUCUCUUGCAAAAGUGGGAAAAACGUGCAAACAAGUUAAAAAGCAAAGCAAAAAAGCUGCAAAAAGGAAAAACUCCGCGCGCGCGUUUACACGUGUGGUUUAUGUGUGUGCGUGUUUAACGUUUAACUGCUAAUCGCAAAAACGCAAUCUGCGAAAACCGCGCAACGAAAGCUUACGUAAAGCUUACGGAAACCAAACCUUCAAAAACGAAGUAAAAAAAAAAACUAUAAACAAUAAAAUCCCAUAGAAAACCCCUUCAAAAACCCCUUAAAAAACCCCCCUACAACAAAGAUGACUAAAGACAGAUUAGCCGCUCUCCAUGCCGCCCAAUCCGACGACGAGGAGGAGACGGAGGUGGCCGUCAAUGUGGAUGGCCAUGAUUCCUACAUGGACGACUUCUUCGCCCAGGUGGAGGAGAUUCGCGGCAUGAUCGACAAGGUGCAGGACAACGUGGAGGAGGUCAAGAAGAAGCACUCGGCCAUCCUGUCCGCCCCGCAAACGGACGAGAAGACCAAGCAGGAGCUCGAGGAUCUGAUGGCCGAUAUCAAGAAGAAUGCCAAUCGCGUAAGGGGCAAACUCAAGGGCAUCGAGCAGAAUAUCGAACAGGAGGAGCAGCAGAACAAGUCAUCGGCGGAUCUGAGGAUCCGAAAGACCCAGCACUCGACAUUGUCCCGGAAAUUCGUCGAGGUGAUGACCGAAUACAAUCGCACGCAGACCGAUUAUCGGGAGCGUUGCAAGGGAAGGAUACAGCGUCAGCUGGAGAUCACUGGGCGGCCAACCAACGAUGAUGAGCUGGAGAAGAUGCUGGAGGAGGGCAACUCGUCCGUAUUCACGCAGGGCAUCAUCAUGGAGACACAGCAGGCCAAACAGACGCUGGCGGACAUCGAGGCCCGGCAUCAGGACAUCAUGAAGCUGGAGACUUCGAUCAAGGAGCUGCACGACAUGUUCAUGGACAUGGCCAUGCUGGUGGAGUCGCAGGGCGAGAUGAUCGAUCGCAUUGAGUACCAUGUGGAGCACGCUAUGGACUAUGUGCAGACGGCAACUCAGGACACCAAGAAGGCGCUCAAGUACCAGAGUAAAGCCCGACGAAAGAAGAUCAUGAUACUGAUCUGCCUCACUGUGCUGGGCAUCUUAGCGGCCUCAUAUGUUAGCAGUUAUUUCAUAAUCCAAGCAAGCAAGUAGCAUGCUCAUCAAGGCCUAUAAUCUGCAUUAUCUACACACA